GCAGCAGCGGCGGGAGGGUCGGCCGGCUGGCUGUGCUCGGCGCUCACCUUGGCUUCCAGGCGCCCCCGGCGAGGCCGCGGCCUUUCCCCGGCGCCCCCGAGGGAGAUGUAUCAGGGCUUCCCCGGAGACUACGACUCCACCUCCCGGUGCAGCUCGUCCCCUUCGGCCGAGUCCCAGUACCUCUCCUCGGUGGAUUCUUUCGGGAGCCCCACGGCCGCCGCUGCCGCCUCCUCGCAGGAGUGCAGUGGCCUUGGGGAAAUGCCCGGAUCCUUUGUGCCAACAGUGACUGCCAUAUCGACUAGCCAAGACCUGCAGUGGUUGGUGCAGCCCACCUUGAUUUCCUCCAUGGCCCAGUCUCAGCAGCCUCCGGGCCAGCAAAUGCCUCAACAACAACAGCAGCAGCAACAGCCACCCACUGUGGACCCCUACGACCUGCCGGGAACCAGCUACUCCACCCCAGGACUGAGUGCUGCCUACGGUGCCGGCCCCUCGGGGCUGCCUGCCGCCCAGCCACGCUCCACCAGGGCCCGGCCCCGAAGGACUCGGGAGGAAACGCUGACACCUGAGGAAGAAGAGAAACGCCGUGUCCGGAGGGAGAGGAACAAGCUUGCAGCGGCCAAGUGCAGGAAUCGCCGCCGUGAACUGACAGACCGACUUCAAGCGGAGACCGACCAGCUGGAGGAGGAGAAGGCUGAGCUGGAGUCGGAGAUCGCGGAGCUUCAGAAGGAACGCGAACGGCUGGAGUUUGUCCUGGUGGCUCACAAGCCCAGCUGCAAGAUCCCUUACGAGGACGUGCCAGAACUGAUCGGGCAGCCGGGCACCUCGGGCGAGGUGAGCGCUUUAGCCCUGGCGGUCAAGGAGGACCCCUUUGGGCCCACGGCCUACUCGUCGCUGCCCCUUCACUACCAGCAGACCCUUGGCGGAGUGCAGGCCUUGUCCCCCGCGGAGGUAGCGUUUUCUAGUUCUUACUUUUCACAUGGUGAACAGCUGACCGACCCGUACCCGGCUAACCCUUCCUAUACGUCUUCGUUUGUCUUCACCUACCCAGAGGGAGCCAGCUGCGGAGCCACACACCAGCGGAACAGCAGCAGCGACCAGUCCUCGGACUCCCUGAACUCUCCCUCGCUCCUUGCCUUGUGAAACUCAAAAAAACAAAA